GUGAUGUGGCCUGCCAAUUGACAACCUGUUUUUCAUUUGUGUGUGGUAGCCCUCCAUCUUCUUCUACUUCCCAUAACAUCACUUGGCUUUAUUUGGGUUGUUCGUUGCCAACAGUCUUGUUCUUCCUUUCCUUUCCCUUUUCUUUUCUUUUUUUUAUUGCCUUUGCUUUUCACUUGAACAUCUUAAUUCCUGCUGCUUGGUACAAGUGCUAAGCUUGCUCUUGAUCCUCUCAUGGCUACAGAAAUUGCUGCAUCACAUCAUGUUCCUACCACUGAUGACGAGCAAGUUGAAAAGAAGGUGAGUGAAGAAGAAAAGGCUUCUGAAAAAGAAAGUGUUUCUUUACCCCAAGGAAGUGGAGAAGAAAUAACCAAAACUGAGGAUGCAGCAAGUCUAGCAACACCAGCUGAGUCUGAAGGUGUUGAUCAUAAGAAGAUUGAGCCUCCUGUAGUUGAGGCUGAGAAGACUAAUGGUGCUCCUGUGCCAGAUGUUCCGGUGGGAGUCGAAACGAAGGUGGAAAAUGAAUCCAUUGCAGAUUCACAAACACACGCUAUUCCAAAGCAAGUGGCUGAUGCUGCUGAGAGCCCAAUAGAGGUUAAGACAUACAUUGCCUCUGUAGUAGGAGAAGCACCAACAGAACCAUCAGUAGGUAUCAUUGAAAUAGGCCAAGUGGAGCAACCAAAGAUAGUUGAUGCUCCUCAAUCAUCAGUUGAAGCCAUUGAGAAACCAAAGGAGUCAGUAGCAACAGUCCUAAAAGAGAUUAAAGACUCAGAGCCAGAGCUUGCUAUUGCAAAAGUGGAGGAAAAACCAAAAGACCAAUCUGAAUUUUCUCAAGUAGAGAAAAAACACGAUGAGGAGCCUGAAGAGCUCGUGCAGGAUGAAACGGUGAAAGAUGAAGGGCCUGUAGCUGACAAGGUUGAGCAUAUCACAUUCUUGGAGCAAGAGAAAAUUGAAACAGUCGAUACACCUAGUCUAGCAGUGGAGGAAGAACCAGAACAAAGUAAAUUUACAGCAGAAGAGAAGAAAUAUGAAGUUGAGCCUGAGAAAAGUGUGGAGGAUGGAAGAGUAAAAGAUGAAGGAUGUUUAAUCGGUAAGGAUAAGGAGCCCACAUUCCUGGAAGAAAGGAAAACUGAUAAAGACGACAAGCCUAGUCUAAUCGGAAGUCCAGAAGAGGCUUCACUUAGUCAGGAAGCUCAAAUCAAGCUACAAGAUGAAGGGGAUUCUUCUCUACCUAAAGUCACAGAAAAGAUCACUACUGAGGACCAUAAGAAAGAAUCAAAUGGGGUUGAUGUGGUUGAGAAGCUAGCAGAAGAGGCAGCAGUAGAGACUGAAAAGGUUGGAGAAGAGAAUGCGGAGACUAGAAAGGUUGAAAGGGAGAAUGUGGAAACUGAAGAUUCAACUCAACCAAUUAAAGAAGACCAAAAGAAGGAAAUAAGUAGGGUUGAUGUGGUUGAGAAGCUAGCCGAAAAGGCAGUGGAACUGGAUACGGUUGGAGAAAAGGAGGUGGAGACUGAAGAGGAUGUAAAGGAAAUUAUAGAGGAUGAAAAGAAAGAAUUAAAUGGGGGUGAUGUAAUUGACAAGCGAACAGAAGAGGCAGAGGUAAAGUUCGAAAAGGUUGAAGGAGAGAAUGUGGCAAAGAAUGUUGAAACUGAUGAUAAUGAAAAGAGGAAUGUUAUAAGUGAGGAUUCAGCUAAACCGAUUGAAGAGGAGCAAAAGAAAGAAGUUGGUGGGGUUGAUGUGGUUGAGAAGCUAGCAGAAGUGGCAGCAGUGAAGUUGGAAAAUGUAGAGAAGGUUAUAAGUGAGGAUUCAAGUCAACCAAUUGAAGAGGAACAAAAGAAAGAAGUAGGUGGGGUUGGUGUGGUUGAGAAGCUAGCAGAAGUGGCAGCAGUGAAGUUGGAAAAUGUAGAGAAUGUUAUAAGUGAGGAUUCAAGUCAACCAAUUGAAGAGGAACAAAAGAAAGAAGUAUGUGGGGUUGGUGUGGUUGGGAAGCUAGCAGAAGUGGCAGCAGUGAAGUUGGAACAUGGAGGGGAAGAGAAGGUGGAAAAGAAUGAUGGAAUUGAAGAGAAUGAAAAGAUAAAUGUGAUAACUGAGGAUUCAACCCAACCAAUUCAAGAGGACCUAAAGAAAGAAUUAAGUGGGGUUGAUGUGGUUGAGAAGCUAGCAGAAGAGGCAGUGGUGGAAACAGAAAAGUCUGGAGAAGAGAAUGAAACAAAGAAGGUGAAACUUGAAGAAAACGAAAACAUAAAUGUGAUUAAUGAGGUUUCAACACAACCACUUGAAGAGGAGGUCGAGAGCUCUAUUUCUCCCGCUGAAGUUGUGGAAAAAUCAUUUGAGGGAGCUGAGAAAUAUGUUGAACCUGCAGUGGAAAAUGAAAGAGGAGAACAGAUCAAAGAUGAGACUCCAGCUAAAGUUGAAACCAAGAAAGAUGAGAGUGUGGAGGAAAAGCAAGAUGAAGUCACUAGAGCUAUUGAUGAACCACUUAAAGAUUCCAAGCAAUCUGAGUCAGAAGUAAAAGGAGAGGAUAAAUUGGAGGAAAAGCAGGAUGAAAAAGAUGCCGGUAAAUUGGAGAAAGUCGAUGAUGAUGUUGCAAAAUCUAAACAGAAUAUAGAGCCUCCUCCCACCAAGGAUGGUGAUCAAACAAAACCCUCCCAGGACCUGCCAAAGGAAGUUCCAGCUAAGCCCUCUCAGAAACAGUCAAAUACCAUUUUGUCGAAGGUAAAGCAGUCACUGGUGAAGGCAAAGAAGGCAAUCAUUGGGAAAUCUCCAAGCUCAAAAAACCAUGCCUCUGGAACCAAGGAUGAUAUUAAAGUCAAAUAAUGAGAUGGAAUAUUAGUUUGCAUAUAUCACUUAUUGUAUCUACCCUCAUUCUUGUGAUGUUUAUAUGAUUGUGGGUCCCCCCCCCCCUCCCCCCUCGGUGUUGCUGCUCACUCUCAGCUCAUGGCUUGUGUUUUGAUGGUAAAAGGAUGUGUGCAUAUAGAACAUAUAGGCUUCUGCGAGACUCAGUAGCGUAAAGUGGUGUGUAUAUUGUUAGUAUCUUCCACUCUUGACACUAUUGAUUUGAGUUGUAAAUUGUAAUUACUGUCUCUGUUGGUGCUUCAUUGUUGUCAGUUAUCGCCAAGAAAGAAGUUUAAUAUUGUGAAAAAUGGAAUGUGGAUUUAUGUUCAAGUUUCAAUCA